AUGGGAAGGAUAUUUGUGGUAGAGCUGGAGGGAAGGUGUUACAAAUGCAAGUUCUGCAAGACCCAUUUGGCCCUCGUCUCCGACUGUGUCUCUCGGGGUUUUCAUUGCCGCCGGGGAAAAGCAUACCUCUUCAAUAAUGCGGUGAAUACCACUAUUGGAGCAUUAGAGGAGAGGUUGAUGCUCUCAGGUCUCCAUACUGUUGCUGAUAUAUUUUGCUGCUGUUGUGGACAAAUUGUUGGCUGGAAAUAUGAAUCUGCACAUGAGAAGAGCCAGAAAUACAAAGAGGGGAAGUUCGUCCUUGAGAGAGGGAGGAUCGUCGAUGAAGUAGAUUUUUCGACAGAGUUCUUUGUUGAUUCUCGUCCUAGCAUGAGUAGCGAUGCUGAUGAUGUUUAG